AGAGCGAGAAUUGUGCGGAGGCGGCUCGCGGUCCCGCGUUUGCAAAUGCAGAGCCCGGUGACCUUUGAUGAUGUGGCUGUGUAUUUCACGAGAGAGCAGUGGGCUCUGCUGGAUCCAAAUCAACGAGCUUUGUACAAGGAGGUCAUGGUUGAAAAUUACGGGAGCCUGGCCUUGUUGGGAUCUCCAGUUCCAAAGCCUGGUCUUGUCUCUCUCCUAGAACAAGGGGAGGACCCGUGUGUUCCAGAUUCUCAGAUCUUUGAUGGAAAAAAGAUGUUUGAUGCCAGCUCAGACAACCCUUGGAAAAAGCACUUGUGCACCGUCUGUGGGAAGCGUUUUACUCAGAAACCAAACCUGACCAGACAUCUGAGAAUCCACACGGGGGAGAAACCAUAUAAAUGUUUGGAAUGUGGCAAAUGCUUUGGUUGCCAUUCACACCUCAUGAGCCACCAGAUUGUGCACACGGGAGAGAAACCCUACAAAUGCUUGGUGUGUGAUAAAUACUUUGGCCGCAAAGCGCAUCUCGCCAGACACCAAGGAAUCUACGCUGGGGAAACGCCCUACAAGUGUUUGGAAUGUGGGAAGCAUUUUGCCUGCCAGUCGCAACUUGUGAUCCACCGGAGAUACCACACAGGAGAGAAGCCUUAUAAAUGCUUGGAGUGUGAGAAAUGUUUUGCUGACCCCUCAGCCCUGGUGAGCCAUAAGAGAAUCCAUGCGGUUGAGAGAUCUCACAAGUGCUUGGAGUGUGGAAAGAGCUUUGUCCAGCAGUCGCAUCUUCUGAAACAUCAGAGGGUCCACACAGGAGAAAAACCAUAUCAGUGUCCAGAAUGUGGGAAAUGUUUUGCCGAUCGCUCUGUCUUCGCAAAGCACCAAAGAGUCCACACAGGAGAGAGACCUUAUAAAUGUUUGGAGUGUGGAAAAACAUUUGCACGGCAAGAGCAUCUCGGGAGCCACCGAAGAGUUCACACAGGGGAGAAGCCAUAUAAAUGCUUGGUGUGUGGGAAAUCUUUUGCCCGACAGUCCCACGUGGUGAGCCACCAAAGAGUCCACACAGGGGAGAAACCUUGUAAGUGCUUGGAGUGUGGGAAGUGUUUUUCAGAGCGCUCCACUUUUGUAAGGCACCAGAGGACUCACACGGGAGAGAAGCCUUACCGAUGCUUAGAUUGCGGGAAGUGCUUCGGUUCCCCUUCGCAUCUCACGAGGCACCAUCGGCGCCACACGGGGGAGAAGCCCCACCGAUGCCUGGAGUGUGGGAAAGCCUUUGCCGACCGCUCAGCCUUUGUGAAGCACCAGCGUGUCCACACGGGGGAGAAACCCUAUAAAUGUGCAGAGUGUGGGAGAUCCUUUGCUAACCGGACACACCUUGUAACCCAUCAGCGUGUCCACACAGGGGAGAAACCAUAUGCCUGCUUGGAGUGUGGCAAAAAAUUUAGUGCAAAUAGAAGCCUUAUUCACCACCAAAGGCAACAUAUAGUGUACCCUCUGGCCCAGUGUGUGGAAAACAUUUUGUUGACAAAUCAAGCUUUGUGCGAAGAGGGAGAAACUGCACAGGAAAACAAACUCUACGAAUGGCUUGCAUCUGGGAAAUGGCUCACAGUCCAAGAAUCCUUGGCACAGAACGAAGGGGUCCAUGUUGAAAGAGAAAGUUUGGUGAUGCCUUGAAAGGGGCCGUUCACUUGAAAACAAACAAACAAAAACAUUGGCUACAAGAAUUGGGUAGCCACAACGGCAGGUUGUAGCAAUACUGAGGUCCAAAAGUGGUCAGAAUAAAUGGUGCUAAAGCUGAAAUCAACUUUCCAGAAAUGCUGAAAUGUGAAUUUCAUUCCAAAUAUCGCUCUUUGGAUGCUGAACGUGAAAUUUGACCUCGAGAUAUGAGUGCUUUAAACUUCCUAGACGGUCUCUCAAUGGUGGACUUGUAUCAGGAGUCAGCUAUAAAAUGCCCUAAGCAAACAACUUUGAAAUAAUCAGAUGCUGCUUAAAAGUCAGAUAUGACUGCACGUCAGCUAUGAAAUAUUGCUAGAUAGUACCGUUACAUGACUCUGCUCAACUACUACAUUCCACUCCCUUCCAGUGAUCAGAUAAUAAACUCUGUUGCAUGCCAAUUAUUACAUACUACUAAUUUUUUUGCAUGUAAUUUCAGGACCGUUGCAUGGCAAACAGCCAUAAUACCUUUGCACGUUAGCCAGCAAGUAUUACCAAAUAGUCAUGUUAGUGCAUGCCAUCUGUCAGUCAUAUUUAUAUACGGCAGCUAUGAAACACUUCCAAGCAACAACUCUGAGAUGACAUUGGGCUUCAGAAACUGACUUUUCAUAUUUAAUAUAUGGCCACAAACCUUCCAAAUAAUGUUAUUUGUAAGGACAAAUUGCUUCCAUCUCUAGAUGGUUUUCUGUGAUAUAUUUUUACUCUGUACAGCAGAGAUGGGCAACUUUCUCACAGUUUUGUGAGGGAGGACACUUGAUACAAAAGCAAUGCUUCAUGUUAAUGAAUAAAGCUGGCA